CUGGCCCUGGAGGAGCAGCAUGACCGGGAGAGCUCGGGGGAUGAAGAAGCCCUGGCCUUGCUCAAGCGUCAGGGCUUGUUACAGCAGCCUGAACAGGCACCAUUUACAUCACGGAUGGGGCUUCUUUUGGUCUUUCCCCUCAUUCAGUCUCAAAGUAGAACAGACCCUUCUCUCUGUAACAUAACUGCUGAGGUGCUAUUGAAUUGCCUUCGAGACUGCCAGCCUUUGAGUUUGACUAAGGAACCAGCUGACUGUCUUAACGGGAUAGAGUCUUUGCUGUGCUCCUGGCUGGAAGACACUUCUGCUUCAGGCCAACAGAUUCCAUAUAAGCAAAAAGAAAAUGCUGCUGCUGCCCUAGUUGCCUUGGCUUGUGCAAGAGGGUCGCUGAAAACCUUUGUUCAUACAGUACAUCUAUUACAGAAACAGACUGAUCUAGGAUCCUUGCCUGUGGCUGAUGUAUUGUACAGGUUGUUGCUCUUGGAGGGAGGACCUGGCUCACCCUCUUGUUUGCUUGGAGGAAAGCAUAUAGUGUCUUGGGGCUUUGAAGACAUGUUACCUGCGCCCGAUGCCAACAGUAGUUCCAGCAGUGAAAAUAAAGAUGCAGACUUGGGGCGCUGUCUUGCAGCAGAUGGGCUCUAUCUUUAUACAACCAAUUCAGUGGGCAGAGGAAUAAGCAAAUUAGGAUCUGGAUUACAUGGUACUUUGCGAGGUUUUGUGUACUGCCGUAAUGAGGAGCUGGAGACCGGGUGGGUUGCUUUUGGCAACAGCAAACUUCUCCAUCGGCCCGUCUCUUUUGAUAAUAAACCUCACUCCCUUUUCCAGGUCGUGGAUCAGCAUACCCUUCAGGUAUGUCAGAUAAUCCCAAUGCCAGUAAAUCACUUCCCAGUUGGCAGUACUAUGACUACCGUGCAUCUUUCUUCAGAUGGUACAUAUUUCUACUGGAUUUGGUCUCCUGCAAGUCUCAAUGAAAAAACACCAAAAGGCCACUCUGUCUUUAUGGAUAUUUUUGAACUUAUAGUAGAAAAUGGUGUAUGUAUAGCAAAUCCUCUACAGGAACGAAUUAUAUUAAUGAGAAAAGAGGGUGAAUCUGCAAAGAGUAUAAAUGAGAUGCUCCUGAGUAGGCUGUCUAGGUACAGAGCCUCCCCGUCAGCAACACUGGCUGCUCUCACUGGCUCUACAAUCUCCAACACGUUGAAAGAGGACCAAGCAGCUGCAAACACCAGCUGUGGGCUGCCACUGAAAAUGUUACGGAAGACUCCUAUAUACACGUGUGGAACGUACUUGGUGAUGUUGGUCCCACCCCCGGGUGGAUCGGGCAGUUCUGCAACACGCUCCCUCUUUGGAGGAACAAGUGCUUUGUCAUCUUUAAAAAUCCUUGCUUCAAGCUUGGUGUUCAAUAUUUCGGAUGGACAGUUCACAAGCCGAGCAGAUCUCAUCGAUGCUGCAGGAAGUUCACUUGGACGUGGUGCUCUAGUUCCAGGGCUUGGUGCCUGUUAUGAUACCAUGAAUAACAUGAUAUGGACGUGCUCUAAUGAUUAUAUUGAUCAGUGGUGUAAUCCUGGGAACCAGGCGUUCCAUUGUGUCUGUCAGAGACUGGGAGUGAGCCAUGUGAUUACAGAGCCCAAAGGGGAUGCAACGACCACAAAUGAGGUUAUUAACCAGUUACUGCACCAUGUUGGUGCCAUGUGUAUCCACCAACUCAACCUGCUUGCAGCCAGCAACAAUCUUCCCAUAACAAAUUUUUUGGGCAAGCAACAUCCAAUUGAAGCACAUCAUCUCAGCAGUAUUUGUGACAUUAUGGAAAAAGCUAUGGUGAAUGGAGAUACUUGUAUAAUACGCUGCAUCCUUGUUGUCUUUCAGGUGGUUUUUAAAUUCUUCUUCAGCCCGCAAACCGAAAGAAACAGAGAUAUUGUUAGAAGGUCUGGCCUGUUACUUUGGCAGUUACUGAUGGCACCAAGGGAUCAGAUUUGCUCUGAAAUCCAGAAGGAGGUUUGCUUGGCUAUUAGCUCUGGUUUAAAUAUCCUGUAUCCUGGAGAAGCGGAAAUCAAUAAUUUAUUGAAAUUGGUCUUAACUGAAGGAGAGAGAAAUAGCGGCCUCUCUCAACUUCGCGACGUUAUCCUGACUAAUUUAGCUGAACAGCUUCAGAACAACAGAUUUGGAAGCGAAGACGACGAUCAUUAUAGGCUGAAUGAUGAGCUGUUGCACUACAUUCUCAAGAUUGUUGUCCGAGAAUCUUGUGUCUUAAUCACCAAGUGCCAAACUGUAUCUAAAGAUGAUUUUCAAAGGCUUCUUUCAACUGUGCCUGCUGCAUCUUCGUGUUUGCGGUAUCUGAUGGCCGUACAGAACCACCUCCUCAGUAACACUAUUUUGAUUAAACCUGAUGAAAAUGAUGACAGUGACAGCUCCUUGCAGGGAGAGACAUUGAAGGUACAGGAGCUAAAGGCCAGCAUUUUGUCUCUCGCUACACAAAUUCUGACAGGAUGUGAUGAAGUCUUAGAAAUGCUGCAACAAGUCACUACAGCGCUAAUUAACAGUGACAUUUCUGAUAGAGAGCAAAGAUUAAAAGGCCUGGAGCAAAUUACAAAGGCUACUAUGCUUGGUCACCUGCUUCCUGUCCUGUUGACAUCUCUGAUGCACCCAAAUUUGCAAACUCUAACUAUGGCUGAUGCCUUGAUGCCUCAGCUGGUGCAGCUGGUUCUUUACACGAGUCAGACUGCACUGCUGCUUAAAACUCAGUCUCCAGUUUUCUCAGAGCUAAACAGUUCCCCCAGUGGUGCAUCAGAUCAGAAAGGGAAGCUGUUACCUGAUGAGAGAAUGUUGGAAGAGAAAGAAGAACCAGGUUUUCUUACGGGUUUGAAGAUCCCUGCUCCCUGGGCUGCUGGGAAGACUGUAGAAACAGUUCAUCCCGUCAGGGAUAACUAUAAAUUUAAAGAAACUGUACAUAUUCCAGGAGCCCGCUGUUUAUAUCUUAGAUUUGACAACAGAUGUUCUUCACAAUAUGAUUACGAUAAGUUGGUGAUCUAUGCUGGUCCUAACACAAACAGUAGGAAGGUUGCUGAGUAUGGAGGCAAUACACUGGGAUAUGGCAGCCGUAGUGUCUUAGGAACUGGUUGGCCGAAAGACUUAGUAAAGGUGGAAGGAGAUACAGUCACCUUCUCCUUUGAAAUGCGGAGUGGUCGUGAGCACAACACUCCAGACAAAGCUAUGUGGGGCUUUGCUUGCACUGUUCGAGCACAGGAGUCUUCAGAGGAUGUGUCAGGAGGCUUGCCGUUCUUAGUUGACCUGGCCCUUGGCCUUUCUGUGUUAGCUUGUUCUAUGCUGCGAAUAUUAUACAAUGGACCAGAAAUUACCAAAGAUGAAGAAACCUGCCAAGAGCUUUUAAGAUCUAAACUAUUACAAAGGUGCCAGUGGCAGGUGGAAGCUAAUGGUGUAAUAUCUCCAGCCCUUACACCAAGUCCUUCUCCAUUGCCUCUUACUAUAGAUGAAGAUAGAGAAUUUACAUAUCCCUCUGAUGUUCUAGUGCCUCCCGUUGGACACUAUUUUGAUCUGCCUAGGAUUAGGCUGCCUCCAGGAAUCAUGAUAAAACUCAGGGAAAUUUCUGGACGUGCUCGGCCUCAAUUUAGACCUAGUAUAAAGGAAGUGAUUCAGCCAGAAGUGAUGGAGGAGAUGGUAGUUUCAUGUGUGAUUAAACAUCUGAAUUUGGUUGAUGCGCUCCAGUCCCUGAUAAAUUUCCAGUAUCAGGAAGAACAUGCUGAAGAAUAUGAUUUACUUUGUAAAAUUAUGGGAGAGACCUUUAAGAAGCUAAAUGCCAUGGAGAGACAAUUACAGAGUGUGGCCGAGCUGGAGCAGAAAUGGCAGAGUGAGGUAGAUGAUGCCAUGCAUGGGAAGCUGGAGAACAAUGUCCCAUUCUUUUAUGAUUAUCACUUCAAUGAGAGCAAGAUGAAAGAACUAGAACUUCUGUGUUCAAUGAAAGAAGUUUCUUUUGAUGGAAGUGAUCUUGAGAAUGUGGUCCUGGCGUUAAGGGAGAAGUUUUUUCAAGAGGUGAAUUCACUGAUACAGAAGACCUCUCAUCCCCUAGCAAAAACAAAAACAUUAGUUAAGAGCUUGAUGAACAGAGCAGAGCUGUUAUUACAUGUCACUAUUGCAGCACAGUCUGGUAUCACAAGGAGUAUAUCUGGUACCCCUGCAGAGACUCCAGCCUGCAAAUCAGCAUCUGAAACAAAGGUGAUCUCGCACGCAGUCCGCCAGCCCGUCUUCCUUCGCAGCAUGUCAGCACCCUCUGACUUAGAAAUGAUUGGUAACGAAGAUCUCGAGUUUGCUAGAUCAAGUCAAAGGCGCCGCCACGUCACCAGCCACAGAAGUAGCUCCUUCACUCUUCUGCAGUCCCUGACCAUCGAGGACAGCAGAGACAAGCCCACGUACAGUGUCUUACUGGGACAACUGUUUGCUUUCAUUGGGACAAAUCCUGACCAAGCGGUAUCCAGCAGCAGUUUUCUGCUAGCUGCUCAGACGAGGUGGCGGCGUGGCAAUACGAGGAAACAAGCCCUAGUGCAUAUGAGAGAGUUGCUGACGGCAGCGGUUCGGGUUGGAGGCGUGACACAUCUCGUGGGCCCUGUGACCAUGGUACUUCAGGGGGGACCAAGAAUUGAAGAGCUCACGUGUGGCGGGAUGGUGGAACAAGUCCAGGAAGCUUUUGGAGAGACUAUGACAUCUGUGGUCUCGCUGUGUGCUCGCUACCCCAUCGCUUGUGCAAAUAGCAUUGGCCUCUUAUGCACUAUACCUUACACGAGGAGCGAAGAGAAGUGCUUGGUACGUAGUGGCCUGGUACAGCUUAUGGACCGGCUUUGCAGUUUAAGCAGCCAGACAGAAUCCAGUUCGAAUGAAAAACAAACUAAGAAACAAAAGGUGGCCACCAUGGCUUGGGCUGCCUUCCAGGUGCUAGCCAAUCGGUGUGUUGAAUGGGAGAAAGAAGAAGGUGGUUCAACAGAAGCUGUUCACUCUGGUCUGGCUCGUCAGGUCUCCAGCCUUCUUACCAACCACCUCGCACGAGCUACGGAGUGUUGUGGUAAUCAAGCUGCAGGAAAUGAUGCGCUUCAAGAUGUUCUCAGUCUUCUUAAUGACCUGUCAAGGAGUCACAUAGGUAAAGCAAUCCUCAGCCAGCCUGCCUGUGUGUCCAAGCUUUUGUCACUUCUCUUGGAUCAGCGUCCUUCUCCAAAGCUGGUCCUUAUCAUCCUCCAGUUGUGUCGUGCUGCACUGCCUCUCAUGAGUGUUGAGGACUGUGGAAAUGUGGAACUGCCUCCCUGGAGCUACUCAGUACCCUCUCUGAACAGCGAACAGGAUGAUCCCAGUGACCCAGCCUCCAAGAUUGCCUCUCUGCUCUUGGCAAAGCUGGCGGAUUAUGUAGUACCAGGAUGCCAGACAGUUCUUUCUCCAACUGCCUCUGAGCCGGAUACUACUUUGGCAAAAGCCAGUCCUAAAAAUUCUAUAAAAGGUGAUAAAGAUCCUGGAGAAGAAAGCGAGGCAGUGGAUGGUAAACUUUCCAUUUUUAUUCAUAAACGGGAAGAUCAGUCGUCCCAUGAAGUCCUUCAGCCAUUACUAAGUAGCUCAGAAGGUCGUCCAUUCCGACUAGGAACUGGUGCCAAUAUGGAGAAAGUGGUGAAAAUGGAUCGAGACAUGACAAAAAGUGGCUGCUGUGAAGUUAUUACAGAAGAAGCUGCUGCAGCUCUUCGAAAGGCAACUAAGUGGGCACAGUCUGGUCUAAUAGUUAGCGUUGGGCCACCCAUAGAAACUGUCAAUCCAGAAACUACUAGUGGGUUGUCCACUGGGGACAAAAAGAAGACGGCACAAACAUCUAUUUGCAGAGAGAGGAAUUCUGAGCUUGCCAGGACGGAUCCUGUGAGGCCAUUCAUUAGUGGCCAUGUUGCCAACAGCAUGGCAGCAGAGGUGAUUGCUUUGCUGCAUAGCUUGCUGAUGGCACCAGAAUCAAAUGCAGCUCAGAUAUGGACAACAACUGCUGAAAAAGUUCUGUCUCGGGCUCUGAUGUACAUUCCCCAACUUGGGAAAUACGCAGAGAGUAUUUUGGAGAACGGGAGUAGCAGCGGAAGGAAACUUGCUAAACUUCAAAGAAUUGCUCGGCAGGCAGUAGCUGCCCUUUGUGCUCUGGGUGGCUUUAAGGAGACGAUUAAAAUAGGUUCUGAAGUUCAGGUUUUAGGUAAAGGAAUAGCAGGAAGCAUUGGAGUUGUGGCAUCUAUUAAUGAACAAGAAGGUAUAGCAACGGUCAAAUUUCCACCUACCAGUAUAGACAGUAGAAAGACCUCACAAGCAUCAGACACAUUAACUAUUCCAUUAUCUAGGCUCUGUGUUCCAAGAUCUGAGGCAUUGCCUCUUCAUAAACUGUCCAUUACUGAGAAGGUAGUACAGGCAGUCCAGUCCAUGUUGCUUCCUCAGGAGGGAAGUCUAUCUAUUCACACCUCACUUCCUGCAACAGGAGAUGGCUCAACUCCAGUAAUGGCAGUGGUCCGGCUUCUUGCUGAAAUAAGAACCAGAGCAUGCCUGGUGAUGGCUCAGCUGUUAGAAGACAGCUCUUUCUGUGAAGAAUUCAUUCAACAGUGUCCAGCUGCUGUAGAAGUUCUUAAUUUGGUAGCGCAGGAGUGCAGCCCUGGGGAGAGGCUCCUUGUUGUAGAAAUGCAGUGUGAAAGGUUACGAAUGUUGUAUCGUGACUGUGCUCGACCUCCCCCUCCUCCCCUCCAAGCGGACAGGAGACAGCCCAAAGAAAUCACUUGGAGCCCAUCAAGAGUGUUUCCCCCUGUGCGAGCGUGCAUGUUUUCAUCGCAUCUCACAGCUGUGACCUUUUUGGCUGAUCCUAGUGCAGGUGGGGGACUUCCUCGGGGCACCUUUAUCUAUGCCACUUCACCAGUUCCAGUGCAGGCACCAUCAUUCUACUGGGAAAUUGAAAUAGUUUCCUAUGGAGAUACAGAUGAUGACACGGGACCGAUCGUUUCAUUUGGAUUUGCUACAGAAGCUGAAAAAAGGGAUGGUGCUUGGACAAACCCAGUGGGCACCUGUCUCUUUCAUAACAACGGGCGAGCAGUGCAUUACAAUGGGUCCAGCUUGCUGCAGUGGAAGAGUGUGAGACUGGAUGUGACUCUUUCUCCUGGUGAUGUAGCAGGAAUUGGAUGGGAAAGAACAGAAGGAACUCCACCCCCUCCAGGGCAGCCAGCUAAAGGCAGAGUUUAUUUUACAUAUUGUGGGCAGCGACUUGGACCAUAUCUAGAGGAUGUCUCUGGUGGAAUGUGGCCAGUUGUCCACAUUCAGAAAAAGAACACGAAAGUUCGAGCUAACUUUGGAUCUCGGCAGUUUGCCUACGCAGAGGGACAGGCUCACCGGAACGCUGCCGACCUCUGUAUUGACCUGGCGGAGGAAAUAAGUGCCAACUUUGAAGCGUUGCCUUUUGCCAUGGCUUCUGAUAGCGAUAACGAUGCUGGCACCAGUAUAGCUUCUGAUCCUGGGACCCAUGGACCUCCUUGUAGAAUCGCUGCUGUUGCUACGGCUCAACAACAGUACGACAGCGACACAUCUUGCCACUAUAAAAUGGAACUAAGCUACGAGAACUUCAUCACGUCGGGCCCCGACCCUCACCCCCCUCCUAUUGCAGAUGAUGAAAGUGAUGAUGACGACGACGAUGAUAUUCCCCGGGAGGAUCACUAUGCCCUGUUGGUUAAAGCCUGGGAAACUAAAGUUUUCCCUACAAUUAGAAGAAGAUUCCGUAAUGAGGCUGAGAGGAAGUCUGGGUUGGAUCAGAUUAAAGGAGCUUUACAGUUAGGAAUGGUUGAUAUAGCCCGACAAACUGUAGAAUUCCUCUAUGAGGAAAAUGGUGGCAUCCCAAGAGACCUCUACCUUCCUACCAUUGAGGAUAUCAAAGAUGAAGCGAACAAAUUUACAAUUGAUAAAGUACGAAAAGGUCUCACGGUGGUGACUCGCUCUCCUGACAGUAACAACGUUACCAGUAGUGCUGUUGGAACAGCUUUACCCAAGUUUGCUAUUCGUGGGAUGCUGAAGACAUUUGGUCUUCACGGUGUUGUUCUGGAUGUUGAUUCAGUAAAUGAGCUAGUACAAGUAGAGACGUAUCUCAGAAGUGAAGGAGUUCUGGUAAGGUACUGGUAUCCUAUUGACAUGUUAGAAAGGCCACCGGCUGGUUAUAGGAGGACUGCAACCAAUGGCUUGGUUACCCUGGAUAACACCAAUAUCCAAAUCCACAGAGAGCUUUUACGAAGUGAAGCUUCUCUGGCCAAGCUGUACUGCCGCAUGGCUCUCCUCAAUAUUUUUGCCCCCAAAUCUCCACAUAUGUUUACUCGUCUGUUCCAUAUUCCUGCCAUCCGUGAUAUCACUCUGGAGCACCUGCAGUUGCUAUCCAACCAACUUCUUGCACCACCUCUUCCUGAUGGAACAAUCAGUUCGAGUUCAAUUCUUUUGGCCCAGUCCCUGCAACACUGCGUCCAUUCCCAGAACUGUGCUGCCACAGACCUCUUCUACCAGGGCAAUUCGCAAGCCAUCAGAGAGUGGCUUACUGUGGCCAUCACUCGGACACUCCAUCAAGGAGAGGAGAGUCUGUUAGACCUCACUAAACAGAUCUGCUCCUUUUUGCAGACAGCACCAGAACAGUUUCCUGCUGAAGAAUUCCCAAUUUCAGAAUCCAAAGUCAAUAUGGAUGUUAAUUUUCCUGGGGCUGCGUUUGUAAUUGUGUCCUGUAAGGAAAGUCAGUCUGGAUUCCGCAAAGAUUCAUCCCUGUAUAAAGCUCCGUGGGCUCGAGUGCUGGUUUAUGGGCUUGGGCAUAAAGUGAAAAGAAAUGGUCAGUUGAACCUGAUUGAAGCAGUGUGCUACCCUCGAGAUGCCUCUCCAACCAACACAGGCCUAACGCCUCCCCCAACCACCAAUCAGUACCCUUCAGUGAUCACCCCUACGGACAAGGUCCACAUCAAAUUAGGAGUGUCUCCUCCUCCUGGAGCUGUGUUGGUCCUGCAUUCUCUCCCUCUCGAAUUCCCCCUGGCAAUGGCAUUUGCAGAACAGCUGUUAACUUGGAAAUUGGAAGAUGGGGAUGGAAAAUCAGAAGAUGAACUGGAUACUAUUCCUGCUUCAGUUCUCUUGCAAGUAGUGGAAUUUUUAGGGAACUUUCUCUGGACCACUGACAUGGCAGCAUGUGUGAAGGAAUUAAUAUUUCAUCUCUUGGCUGAGUUGCUUCGCAAAAUUCACAGUCUGGAGCAGAAAAAAAACCCAGCGGGAUUGUCAUCUUCUAUUGCCCUUCAGCUAAAUCCCUGUCUAGCUAUGCUUAUGGCCCUGCAGUCGGAGCUUCACAAGCUGUAUGAUGAAGAAACACAAAACUGGGUGUCUGGAAACGCGUGUGGUGGUUCUGGUGUCGGAGGGGCUGACCAAGGAAGAUUUUCAACCUACUUCCACGCUCUGAUGGAGGUCUGCCUCGCUGUGGCAGAAGUAACCCUACCUAUCAAUAUGAGCGUCACAGCUACUGUCAUGUCUUCAACAAGUGCCCCAAAUCUUAGUGACUCUUCGUCCUCGUCUUCGUCUUCUCCAGGACAGACGCCGCAGAGUCCAAGCUUGCUGUCAAAGAGGAAAAAAGUGAAAAUGAAGCGGGAAAAGACAUCGUCUUCAGGCAAACGGUCCUCAUCCAGGGCGGCUGAAACGGACGCUGCGAUCCUCAGCAUCGGAGGGAGCAAGCCUGAGGACAUGUUAUGGUUUCACAGAGCGCUGACUCUGCUGAUAAUUCUCAGACACCUGACUAAAAAGGACCCCCAAGGAUUGGGGGUGACAAACGAUGCCGUGGCAGAUGCGUGUCAGGCACUAGUAGGUCCCACGGCUCACAGCCGCUUGCUGGUCAUCUCUGGAAUACCAACGCACCUGGAGGAGAGCACGGUCAGAAGCGCCAUCAGGAAGGCGUGUAACGCCCACGGUGGGGUCUUCAAAGAUGAGAUCUACAUCCCUCUGCAGGAAGAGGAUCCCAAAAAAAUCAAGGACAAAGCGGAAGGAGGAGAAUGCAGAACAGAACUGGAAAAACCGACUGUUUCGAGCAGUGCAGACAGUUUGGAUAUCAGCAGCUCCAGCAGCGUCACACCUGCCAUGAGCGUUAGUGCUUCAGCCUCUACCAGCCAGGCCUCCCUCUGCAGCUCCCAGGGUUUGUCUCGGACCGUUAGCGAUAUCUCUGUUGACCAGUUUCAAGCAGGAAUGGAACUGGCCAUCCCGCCAGGCUUGCUAGAACCACACGUUGUUUCCAGCCAGGAAAGUUUGGAUCUUUCACACUGCAGUACCGGCAGCCUCGGCAGCCUGGGCAGCCUCGGGGAACCUCUUGACAACGUAGAAACAGCUUCUGUGUCUGAUGUUGGAUCCAUGUACACAGUCACAUCUCUGGACAACCAGCCGCUUCUGGCACGGCCCAUCAAAGGUUUUGCUGUAGUAGAGAUAAGGUCAAGAGCUAAAAUAGAGAAAAUCCGAGCCAGUCUAUUUAAUAGUAGCGAUCUCAUUGGUUUGUCAAGUCUGGAUGGUGAAGAUGAACUGAUGGAAAUGUCAACAGAAGAGAUUUUAACUGUUUCUACUGUGAAUCAGAGUUUAUUUGACACACAAGGGAGCCCAGCGCUAGAAGAUUAUUUCAAUGAUAAGUCAAUCAAAGGUGAGAAAUUGGUCCCAGGUGCUCGGGAAGUUCUCACAGAAAUAUUUAAAAGCUGUGUCCACUCUGAACAAAUGCUGAGCCUAACUCCAGCGAAACCCAUUAAGGUUGCAGAUAUCUAUCUUAGCAAAGAGCAGAUAAAUUCUCAGACUCCUGGAAACCUUCUCCACGUGUUCUUCACAAACGUCCGCCCUCCAAAGAAAGUACUGGAGGACCAGCUUACUCAGAUUUUAAGGAAAUACGGUGUGCCCAAGCCGAAAUUUGACAAGAGCAAGUACAACAAGGCGGGCAAAGAACAGCACCCAGUGAAAGUUGUGAGCACCAAGCGCCCGGUUACUAAACCACCUACGAAGGAAAAGUCUAUGCUCAACAGUGUCAGCCGAACAGCCUUAAGUGAGAAGAAACCUACCGUAAAGCCAAAAUCUCCUGAGAAGAGCAAACCUGAAGAGAAGGACCCUGAAAAGUCUCCCACAAAGAAACAGGAAGUUCCUGAGGAGAAGUAUUUGACACUGGAUGGAUUUCACAGAUUCGUGGUUGACCGAUCUAAACAGGAUAUCCGUAGUGUGUGGAGAGCUAUUCUGUCCUGUGGGUAUGAUCUACAUUUUGAAAGGUGUGCCUGCAUCGAUGCCCGACAUGCUCAGAAAGCCUCUCGGAAAUGGACGCUGGAAAUGGAUGUAGCCCUUGUCCAGUACAUUAACAGGCUUUGUCGUCACCUUGCGAUUACACCAGCACGACUCCAUCCCCAUGAAGUUUAUCUGGAUCCAGCUGAUGCAGCAGAUCCCAGAAUCUCCUGUCUGUUGAAUGUUCCCGUUGAAAGUCUCCGCCUACGGUUUGCACUGCUUCAGUCUCUCAAUACAACCUUGGAGACGUUCUUCCUGCCUCUGGUGGAGCUCCGGCAGACGGAGAUGUACGCGAACAGCAUCGCUGCGCUGCUGCAGGAGGCCAAAGGGUUAAUCUUUUAUGACACAAAAGUAACGGUAAUGAACAGAGUGCUGAAUGCCACUGUCCAGAGAACUGCUGAUCACGCAGCCCCAGAAAUCACCCUGGAUCCCCUGGAAAUCGUUGGAGGGGAGAUCCGUUCUUCAGAAAAUUCCUAUUUCUGCCAAGCAGCACGACAGCUCUCCUGCGUGCCCUCCUCGCAGCUCUGUGUUAAACUGGCCAGUGGUGGAGACCCCACGUACGCUUUCAACAUCCGCUUCACGGGGGAGGAGGUUCAUGGAACCAGUGGAUCUUUCCGUCACUUUCUCUGGCAAGUUUGUAAAGAGUUACAGAGCUCCUCGCUCUCCCUUCUCCUGUUGUGCCCGAGCUCUGCGGUCAAUAAGAACAAGGGGAAGUACAUUCUGACUCCUAGCCCUAUAACCUACGCUGAGGAGCAGCUCUUCCACUUCUUCGGGCAGCUCUUGGGUAUCGCGAUUCGGGCGGAUGUUCCUCUGCCGCUCGACCUCCUGCCCUCCUUCUGGAAGACCCUGGUGGGGGAGCCGCUGGAUCCCGACCUUGACCUCCAGGAAGCUGACAUCCUCACCUACAACUACGUCAAAAAAUUUGAAAAUGUAAGUCACUUUUUUUUUUUAGGUGACACCUUCAGUGAGUUGCAAGAGAGAGUCUGGGGGGGCGUGUGGGGACCCUUCCAGCCUCUUACGGCGGAAGCGGCCACGGUGCCUCCUCCUGCCCCUCCCCAGGCACACACCAUGUACCAGGUGGGCUUGAUGGAGACCGACCAGCACAUCGAGUUCUUCUGGAGCGCGCUGGAGAUGUUCACGCAGGAGGAGCUCUGCAAGUUCAUCAAGUUCGCCUGUAACCAGGAGCGGAUCCCCUUCACCUGCCCCUGCAAGGACGGGGGCCCCGACACGGCCCACGUCCCUCCGUACCCCAUGAAAAUAGCCCCCCCCGAUGGGGCCGCAGGCUCCCCCGACUCUCGGUACAUCCGUGUGGAAACGUGCAUGUUCAUGAUCAAGCUGCCGCAGUACUCCUCGCUGGACAUCAUGCUGGAGAAGCUGCGCUACGCCAUCCACUACCGGGAGGAUCCGCUCAGCGGCUGAGGGGGGCGCCUCGAGGUGACUCUGGAUUGUUUGGUGACUCCGCUGACAUUGGAAACCCUUCAGUUCACGUAAAAAUACCUCCUGUAACACUGUGUGAGGAGCUGGAGGUUAAUUUAUUUUCUGAACUUUUGUUCCCGUUACAAUAAUUACUGGAAGACUUACAUUUUGUAUUUGUAGACUUUGUGGUGGACUGGUUAUUUUGCUGCCUUGUUUGUGGAAUAUUUGUAGGAUAGUUUAGUAAAGACCAGUUUGUGUAUAAUUUAAUUUUGAAAAAACCUUUCAACAUGUACAUUUCUAAUUUUGUAACUGAGAGCGAUACGACCCACGCAAACACAACAAACGUGAGGGCGUGCUGAGUGCGGGAGCACUCGGAGGCGAAGCCUCGUAGCUCGCUCUCCCCUGAAAACAUUUUUGAGUACAAAAAUGGAAAGAAUUGGGUGCGGGGAGGGAAUCGCCGCAGGAACGGAGCGCGGUGCCUCCUGUCGCAGGCGGAGAUCUUGCAGGAUUUCUAGCACUUGCUUUGAGUUCUUAGAGCAGAAAGCGUGCUGCCAGCCUGUGUGGUCACGUCUCCACCAUUUUCUUUUAACUUUUUAAACUCUGAGCAAGCACACGGGUCGCUGCCGCAGUUAAUCUGGGCGUUCGGCUCGACACUUUUCACUCUUUGAUUAGGAAGAUCUGUAAUUGCAAGAACAGUGAAAGGGCUGUAAUUCAGUUGGGUUCUUGCCCCAGAUGUUCUUGAAUGUUUGCUUGGCUUCGUAACAGAAUAAUUUAUUGUAAUUAAAAUAUUAGCAGAAACAAAACAGCUUCUCUCUGUAUGGUGCAAGAUACCACAGUUCAAGCUUCUAAUCUGUCACUUUAUCCUAUUUCCGAACAAGCUUUCAGAAUAAUCAGUGCGUUGUUCGACACCCGUAACGCAUUUCUGUACUCAAAAAUGAUCUUUGAUCUAAGAGCAAACGAUCCUAGAAAGGAGGAUGAGGUUUGGGGAAGGCACAAAGUGACGCGGAUGAAGACAAAGCUUCUAUUUUCUACGGGAAUAGCGGACUAGGGAGAGCGAACAAAUCUCUGAAGUUUCACUUCUCUCUGUUGUGAAAUCCGUUCUGGGGUGGUUUCCAAUCACCACAUCAACACCCGGAUCUUCCUUUACUCCUCUAAAAGCGGUUGCCCUGUGCCAGGAGCCUGUCGGAGUCACGGGCGUUGCUUUGUCGAUCCCUUAGAACCCGCCGGAGCCCCGGGAAGGGCAAGGAGACCCCGAGGGGGCGGCCGGGGCGGGGGGCCGUUCCCCCACUGGGGUGUAACUGUGCUGCGGGGUUGGUGUUGUGUGUCUCUUUAGAAGACAACGUCCACUCAUCGGGCUGGUCGGUGGUGAUGGGUGUUGAAAAAGCUGUAUUUAUUGUAUAUUAUUGUGAAUAUUGGGAACGGUGAGUGUGUGGUACGUGGAAGAUAAGGUGUGAGUAAGAGAAAAACCUAACCACGUGUGUAUAUUCUUGUUGUUCUGUGAGCGAAUGGAGAAACGUGUGCGCAGCCGCGGUCGAGGUGGUUGUUGGCGUCCCGAGCGCCCGCAGCCCGGGGCUGGGAAAGCUCUUCCCCCUCUGUUGCGCCCGCAGGAACAGCCCCCCAGCAGAAGAUUAUUUCCUCUCGAAUUUUGUCCGUUUCCUGGUAGAAGCGUAGAUGUAGCUCAGAAACCGGCGGAAGCGCAAACGUGUGGAGUUUGCCCAGAGCAGGGUGGGGAGGAGGG